AUGGAGGUCAUUCGCCACGGCCGCCCGCAUGGCCUGCUGCUGGUGCAGCUGCUCGUUUUGCUGCUGCUGCUACUGCAGCCCUCAGCAGCUCACCCGGAAGCAGCAUUCGAUUGGCUAGAGGCGUCAGAGUUGCUGAGCCCACAGGCAGCUGCAGUUGCUGCUGCUGCCCUCAUAGAUCGAGACAGCAGCUCGCUGCUGCUGCAGCAGGAGCAGCAGGAACAGCAUGAGCAGCAAGAGCAGCAAGAGCAGCAAAGCCUGCUGCUGCAGGCAGCAGCAGCCCGCGCAGAUGAGCCAGCGCAGCAGAAGGAUCAGCAGCGGGAGGGCCGGGGCGGAGGCUCUUCGAAGACUUCUGCGCCGUCCGUGGACCGCAGCUCAAAAGACAGCAGCAGCAACAGCAGCAGCAGCAGCAGCAGCAGCAGCAAGCGGCCGAAAGCGCAGCCAGACGCAGCCAGCGAGGCCCCACGCACCUGGCUGCUGAUUUGCUGCAGCGCUUUGCUAGUUUGCUUCGCGGGCAUUUCCAGCGGCCUCACUACGGGCUUCAUGGCUUUCGACGAGCUGCAGCUGCUCGUGCUGCAGGAGACCGGCACCGAGACCGAAAGAGCCCAGGCGCGGAAGGUGCACGAGUUGCUGUCGCGGCGGCACCAGCUGCUGGUGACGCUGCUGGUGGCCAACUCGCUGGCCAUGGAGGCCCUCCCCCUUUUCCUCGACCGCCUCGUCUCUCCCUUGCAUGCAGUUCUUCUCGCGGUGACCCUCAUUCUCUUCUUCGGGGAAAUCCUCCCCCAGGCCGUCUGCACCGGACGCAGCCAACUCGCUGUCGCCGCCCUGAUGGCCCCGCUGGUGCGGCUGCUGCUGGUCACUUUCUCCAUUGUCGCCAUCCCUGUUGCUGCGCUGCUGGACCAUUUGCUGCGCCCUUCGCAUGCAGCAGCUUUCUACGGGAGGAAUCACCUCAGGGCGCUCAUUGGGCUGCACCAGAAGGGCCGCCGGCGGCUGCUGCGGGAGGCCUCCAGCGAAGACAGCGGGGGUCCCUCGAGGGCUUCCGGCAGCCGCGAAGAAGCUGCCAGCCCUUGGCUUAACAAAGACGAAGUCAUGGUCAUUCAGGGCGCAUUGGACAUGGCGUCGAAGAGCAUUGGCGACUUUCUGGUGCCUCUGGACCAAGUGUAUCAACUGGAGGUCAAAACCAAACUGACCCCGGAGGUUUUGAUGCAAAUACUUCGACGGGGACACUCCAGGAUUCCUGUCUACGAGGGCGAACGCCACAACAUCCGUGGCAUUCUGCUUGUUAAGAGCCUCAUUUGCGUGGACCCCGGCGCAGGCGCGGUGCCACUUGGCGUUUGUGACUCCGGACUUUCUGGCUUACGGGGAGGCCUGGCGGGACGGCCGGCCGCCCCCGCGAGCAGCGAAUUUGCUUUGCUGCUGCUCCUGCUUGUGCUGCUUCUGUUGCUACUUCCGCUGCUGCUACUGCUUUUGCAUCUGCUACUGCUUGUGUUCCUGCUUUUGCUGCUGCUGCUGCUGCUGCUGCUGAUGUUGCUGACGGUGGUAAUGAUGUUGCUGAUGAUGAUGGUGAUGGUGAUGAUGAUGGGGGUGAUGAUGGUGAUGGUGGGGGUGAUUAUGGUUGUGGUGAUGCUGCUGCUGCUGCUGCUGCUGCUGUUGUUGCUUGAUUCGGCGGCGCUGGCCCCGCUGCUGCUGCUUGCUGGCACUUGUGACAGCGACCGUACGCUUGGUGUGAAAGAUAGGGACACGAGCCGUUUCGGGCUGACGCGCCGCACGGGGGGCACUACGCUGUCUGCUUCGUGUGGGGCCGGAGCAGCAUUUAAAGAUUUUGCUGCUGGUGCAGCAAAUGGUGUUUUCUUUUUGGCAUCUGCGAUGUCGAGGGACUUUGACUCGGUCUCGGCCCAGAUCCCCGCGCUGUCGCCUGCUGCUGCUGCUGCUGCUGCGGGAGCAGCAGCAGCAACUGCAGCAGCUGCCCGCUCAAUGACCCCCCAAAACAGCUCGCCUGCUUCGCGCAUGCACCUGCGGGACGCAACGCCGCAGGCGCCAUACGCCGCGAGCGAAGCAGCAGCAGCACCCUGGCCGCUCGAUUCUGCUGCUGCUGCUGCUGCUGCUGCUGCAGAAGGGCAGGACACCUCCCGUGUGCCGGCUGAGAGCACUAGGUCUGCUGCGGGAGACGCCGGUGGCAGCCCUGCUGCUGCUAUCAGCUCGAGGGAGUUCUCUGGCCAGACCCUGGAGCAGCUGCAACAGCAGCAGCAGCAGCAGCAGCGCGUUGGGGUGUACAUACACCCGAGGGACUAUGCGGUGGCGCAGGCAGCAACGCGACACAACCGCAACAGACUUCAGCAGCAAAUCGAUGCAGCAGGACGCGGCUUGACGCGGCGGUGCUUCACGCAGCCCAUAGCGCAGCAGCAGAAGCAGCAGCAGCAGCAGCAGCAGCCCGAGGGACAGGCCGAAGGGCAGCAGGAAACUGCGAAAGAAGAAGAGGCGCAGCAGCCCCACCGCAGCAGCACAACAGCAGACGCCAUUCCUUACGGGGUGCUGCUGCCGGCUCCUGUGUACAGCCGUAGGGGCAGCAACGACAGCAGCAGCAGCAACAGCAGCAGCAGCAGCAGCAGCCGGCGCGAAAAUGGCGCCGCAUCCACCCCGCAAGUGCUGUGUUUGAGCAGGCCUGCCGCAGCAAGCACCCCGGCGGACGGUGCUGUUGCUGCUGCUGCUGCUGCUGCUGCUGCUGCCAGCGUAGCUGCUGCUGCAGCAGCACCGCCGCGACUAAACCACUACAAAGAGGCCUUUUUGCUCGCAGAGAAAAAAGACAAAAAGAAACAAAAAGAAAAGAAUGUGCUGCCGGGGGGCCCCAAUGGGGGCUACGCCCUGCUGCCGGACGUGCCCUAA